AUGACUUCAAAUUUUGUUACCCAUGGUUGUUCUUCGCAAGGUGCUUUUAAUGCUGAUGUGAAAAUUGAGAAAAAGCGAGUACGAAAACCGGUCGCAAAGACUAAUUUGUUUACGAUUCCUCAAAUCAACUACAUGCCUGAUUUUAUGCAUCCUUAUAUUGAGCAUAUUGUUGACGUAAAACGUGACGGUAAUUGUGGGUAUCGUGUCAUUGCGUUAGAUGACAAGAACGAUGAAGAUGAUUAUGAGCUUAUCAAAGAGAGUAUGGUUAAUGAGUUGAACCUCUAUAAGAGCAUCUAUUUGGAAUUGUAUGGUGGUGAAGAUCGUUUGGCUUAUAUCACAAAUGCACUCUUGCCAUCAAAGAGAAGAUCCAGGAGACAUAGUGUUGCGUUAAUCGAAAAAUGGUUGACAUUUCCGGAUAUGGGGCAUAUUGUAGCAACUAUUUUAGGGAAAGUUGUCGUGAAAUUGACCGAGACAUUCUUUCCAUUGCGUGGCAUACCACCAUCUAAUCCUUCUUCGUUAAUUGUUUGUAUUGGGGCUAUCCCCGGUCAUUAUGUCUACGUCAAGUUGAAAGAUAAUUGUCCCAUACCUCCAACAUGUAUUCAGUGGAAGAGGUAUUGUUCUCCGGAUGCUAUUGCUUGGGAGUCUUUUUUUGUUGCUCGACAAGCCAAGUUUGAUAAACUCAUGAAGGAAAUAAUAGUUGAUAAUAAUAAGAAGAUUCGAGUUGGUUCCAAUUCCAAUGUUCCAAUUGAACUUUGA